CUGGUGUCUAACGAAACUGUCGUUGUUUUCAGAUGGAUCUUCUCGACAUACUUCGAAUCAGGACCAAGUGCACGAUCGCUCGCGCCAUGCUUCGAUCAACCCAACUACAAGGCCACCUGGAAAAUCACAGUUCAUCAUCCGGCUGAUAUGAUCGCACUCAGCAACAUGCCCGAAGAAGGCUUCACCAUUCAACCAAACGGUUGGGCAACAAGCUAUUUCCCAACAACUCCGAUAAUGUCCAGUUAUUUGAUUGCUGUUGCGGCCGGUCAUUUUGCAUCACUGCAAACCGUCUCGAAGACUGGCGUAUUGGUACGUACGUGGGCAUGGACCGGUAUGGAGAGAUAUGCUGAAACCGCUUUACGGACGGCAGCCGGUCAAGUUGAUUUCAUGUCGACAUACUUCAAAUUCCCUUAUAUGCUUCCAAAACUCGAUGUUCUGGCACUACCACAAUACACAACUAUGCACGGCGCUGAAGAGCAUUGGGGUUUCAUCCAUAUUCUCUAUCGUUACAUGCUGGCUGAUAAGGCGUAUGCAACUGCCGAUGACUAUGCUUACAUCGCUUCGAUCACAUCACACGAAACCGUUCAUCAGAAAUUGGAGCGAUUCUUGAAAGCUUAUAGUGGUUUCAUCACGGACUCUUCGACGAGAACCUCGAAGCCAGUUGUGCCGGACAAACCAUUGUAUUUCACUGGCAUACCGUACAACAAGGGCGCAACAUUGCUUUAUAUGAUGAGUCAAGCACUAGGUGCACCGGUCUUCCAAGAAGGUCUACAAACCUACCUGCAGGCAUAUCAAUACAAAAACGUCAUUCCGUCCAAUAUGUUCACUCAUUUGACUGAGGUGGCGUUUACACUGUUCAUUUUUGUGGUUGUAAUCUUCGGAAGUUAUUCAAGAAUCGACCGAAAUUAUGGAAUGACUGUUGAUCAUGAGUUGGCAACUUAUCCGGUACUGAAGGAAACUGUUGAUAAUGACAACAAUGUUGUCUACUCACAAGAACCAUUUAUCAAGAACACAAGCGCUCUUCAAACUUCCACUUACGGUUGGGUAUGGAAUAUUCCAGUGCAUUCACAAAUGCAGGGCAAACCAGGAAGAGUCCUGAACUAUUUCGUCGGUAAAGACGGAGGUUCGAAUGCGCUAUGGAAACGAACAUUCGACGGUAAUUGGCAAGUCGACAAUGCUGCCCUAGGCGUAUGUCAUUUAUGA